AUGGAGCAAAUGCAAGGGCCAAGUAUGCCGCAUAUUGUUCAAGUAUAUCAAACGUCUGAAGCAAAGUUGCAAAACUCGCAACUAAUUCAUAUUUCUCACCCGCCGCUAUCGGAGGCACAAGCCAAGGUGACAUACCAGCAAGAGGUCCAACCGGCGUCUUUGCCUGUCUCCGAAAAUAUCGUAAUAACUUGUGAAACACAACUCCAUAACACUACUUCUACCAUGCAAUCCCAGGUACUACAAACUGAUGUAAGUCAAGCACUUCAAUUUGCAUCGCACAUGAUUCUACCCCAUCCCAUGUUCAAGCAACACGUGUUGAUGGAUGCCACUCAGUAUUACGGCCAGUAUGGCACCUUUGCAAAGGAGCCGUCUAUUGCUAAGUUUGAAGCUACUCAGGAAAUUUGUAUGAAUAAUCCGACAGAGCAUGAAACAGAAGCAAUGAACCAAAACAACAUAGAAAUAAGUUCAACAAAAAAACGAAGUCGAAGUUUGGUACGUAAUCCAACCAAAUGGGCCUGCAAUGUACGUAAAGUGAAACAUCAAAAUGGCGAAGCCUAUGUUAGUAGAAGAGGGAAAUAUGUCCCAGAAAAACAUGUUAGAAAUACAAAAAAUUGCAAAACAAACUGCAGGUUGAAAUGCAAUAAUAAAAUCAGUGAUGCAGACAGAGAAUUAAUUUUCAAAGCAUUUUAUUCACUCACAGCUAAUGAAAAAAAGCACUUUUUGCUCAACACUACAGAAAGACAUAGUACAAAGAGGAUGAAAAUGGACACAAAUACAAAAAGACAAUAUUCCUUCAAAUAUUUCUUCCUUAUAAGAGGUGUAAGACAUACAGUGUGUAAGAACUUUUAUUUAGGAACUUUAGCUAUAUCGCAAAAACCCAUAUACAAUGUACAUUUAAGUAAAACAGAUUUGAAUAUUCCAAAACCAGACGGGAGGGGAUUAUCUGCUACCAGUAUUCACGGCCUGCCGUCAGCGGUGAAAGAUCAGGUGAGGAGCCAUAUAUUAUCAUUUCGAACAGCUGAUAAUUUACCAAUCAAGCAAUUCUCAAGAAAAAAACAAUACAUGGAACCAAAUUUGACUAUAAAACAAAUGUACAUGAUGUACAUAAACGAUUGUAAUGGGAAAAACUUGAGUGUAGUUAGAGAAUCUAUGUAUAGAAAAAUAUUGCGACAAGAUUUUAAUUUGUAUUUGUUUAAGAAAAAUAAGAGUGACCAGCUUUGCGCAAAAUGUAAAGAGCCUAUUAAGAAAAAGACUCAAUGUAAUGAAAAAAAGUCAUGA